CGAGUGUAUUGGCGUGGUUCGCUUGUUGCAAGCGACAGCGAAAGUUGAAUUUCUAAUUUUAAAAUUUCGGUAAACGCGUGUUUGCCGAGGCGCUGGACAAAAAUCGAUAGUUUUGCAUGCAUAUUUAGACCUUGCACCAGUAGCGUGCUACAAGUGCGUUUAAAAGUAUAAGUAGUGUAUACAUACAUUUCAACCAUGGGGUACGGAAGCCAUAUGGAUGGCUGCGGCACUUUUAUGAAAUACUCCAUGUUUAUAAUAAACUUCAUUAUAUUCCUUGGUGGUAUUACCGUUGUCGCACUUGGAGUAUGGACGGUCGUGGAUAAAUCCUUUGCGAAUGAAUUAUUGGGCACGAAUAUGUACAUCGGUGCCGUUUAUGUACUGAUUGCAACGGGGAUAUUAGUCUCGGUGAUUUCAUGUUUUGGUUGUUUUGGUUCGGCCAAGGAAGUGCGCUGUAUGUUGGUAACUUACUUCAUCUUCGUAUUUUUAAUCUUUGUCACCAUGCUGGUUGGUGGUAUUCUGGGAUAUGUUUUUCGCGCCAAAGUCGAAACAACUCUUCGCAAUGAAAUGAUUGGUUCCAUCCGAUCGUAUGGCAACGAUAGGCGAAUUUCAGAAGCCUGGGACGAAACCCAAUCUCGUCUCCAUUGCUGUGGCGUCACCGACUACCGAGAUUGGCACGAUAAGAUUCCGGACUCCUGCUGUCGCGAACCGGUUCCCGGAAAACGCCAGCGAUGCAACUUACUCGUCGAAACCCAAAACUCUUUCACUCUCUACAACAAAGGAUGCUACAACGUCACCGCUGAAUAUGUUAAGCAAAACGCGGCCAUUAUCGGCGGUGCUGGUAUUGUCGUCGCUGGCCUUAUGCUCAUUGGUAUGAUUUUCUCAUGUGCACUAUACAAAAUGAUUGAAUAAUCUGCACGUCAAGAAUCUCACAGUGAUGGCGAGAUGAAUACUGUAAUAUUUUGUUAAUUAAGUUAAGUUAUGUGUAGUAGUAUGACAAAAAGUUAAAUCCACAAAUAAUUCAAAAGAAACCACGCCUGGACCAUGGUGCCGUCGUAGCUUUAAACUGGAUAACAUAAUCAACGUAGGUGCCAUACAGUCAGUAGCAAUAGUUAUGAAUUCCGAUUUGUAAAUCGGGAAUAUGUACAAAGAUAAAGUCGGCCAUUUGUUACUUCAAAAUACUAACAAAUAAUGACUGUGAGAAAUUUAAUGUGGAAUAAAUGUUUUUUGUAUUAA